UACAAAAGGAAGCGAGUGGUGCAGCGAACGCAUAGAGAGAGAUAGAAAGAAAUGGAAAGAAAAACAAAAGAAAAAUGGUUUCAUUUAUAAUCAGUGACCACAUUUAGUUCACUAUUGUGCGUUUGAGGAACAAGGCUGAGUGUUGUUACAUAGAAACCCCAGCCUGUCUAGUAUGCUGCUGAUCUCAGGAGGGAGUGAAGUCUGCUCCCACAUUUACUGAAAAUGGAGGUCUUUAAGAUCCUCGUGGUGCUUCAGGCUCUAGUUCUUACUCAAGGAAAGCUGUCCAUACACCAGGCUUCUACGCCGUGCUCCUGGGCUUUGAACUCUACAGAAAAAGAUCAGAGUUUGCCUAUUUUCACGAAGCAGUUCCUGUCAUCGUCUGCCGAUGGGAUCUGUCAGGCCCUUGGCUGUGGUCAUGUACACCAGCUAAAUGCGAGCACUGUGCAUGAAAAUGCGAGCUGUCUAUCAGGCUGCAUCUACAGCAAUAACCAACUAAUCAACUGUACGGAGGUUCAUAGUACAGACUGUAGCAUUCUGUCAGAGGUUGUCUGUGAUGCUCCUUACGUAACCCCAACAAAUCAUCCCUGCAUCUGGAACAUAAUGACUCUAUCGUCUAAAUCAGCAGUUAUUCUGACGAGGGAAUCCAUGCUCAGACUGUCCAAUGAAAUAUGUCAGAACUUCAAUUGUGGUGAAGCCUUUGCCCAGAACAACACAAUAGCUUCACCCAACAGUUCUUGUCUAACCGAUUGUGUCUUCCACAACUCUUAUUUGUGGAACUGUUCCACAGUGGUCCGAAAUGACUGCUUAAACAUUUCCAAAGUCAUUUGUGGCAACCACAAAGUCAGAUUGUCAGGAGGUAGCCAUAAGUGUGCUGGCCGGGUGGAGCUGUGGAGUGCUGGACAAUGGGGCACGGUGUGUGACGAUGAGUGGGAUAAACAGGACGCAGACGUGGUCUGUGCUCAGCUCAGCUGUGGAUAUGCAAUCUCUGUUAGUGGGCAGAAUGGACCUUAUAGCCAGGGUAAAGGUCCCAUUCUCAUGGAUGAACUGAACUGUACAGGACAGGAGAGGAGCUUGUGGGAGUGUCCUGCAGUAAGAGAAGGUCAUGACUGUGGACAUAAAGAAGAUGCAGGAGUGGUCUGUUCAGAAUAUAAGGCUUUAAGACUUACUGGUGGAAAGGACAAUUGCUCAGGCAGAGUGGAAAUCCAUCGGAAUGGUUCGUGGGGUACAGUGUGUGAAGAUUGCUGGGAAGAAGAUGAGUCAAUCAUGGCUUGUGCAAUGCUCGGCUGCGGGAAACCUGAAAAAUUCACAUCCUUUGAUCCACCCUUUAGCCACACAAAUGGAACACGUUGGUUUUACCAGUGUUCAGAAGUAUAUGAUACCCUGUGGAAGUGUAAAGAAAUAGAUGCCACUAAAGGUAGUUUAUGCAACUCAAACGCCGCAGGACUGAUAUGCAACUAUUCUCUUGGACUACCUGAGCCUACCACUUUAGCUGUACCUACAACCAUGGUAUCAACUGUGCAAACCACUGCAGAAGCACCUGUAAUGGUCUGGUCUCCUGAAUUACUGGCCUGCAUUGUACUAUCCUUCAUUCUCUUGAUUACAAUUGUAUCAAAUAUCAUCAUAUGUUGCUGUUCAAAAAAGAAACGUAAAGCUCUUCAAGUUCAGCAGAGAUUUGCCAAUCUACAAACCUCCACAGCAGCUGAAGAGAAUAGCUAUAGAAAUUCAAUCCACCUUGUUAAAGUAACUAAUAAUGACAGCAACUCUGGUCCAACAAUGCCUCCACCAAUGUGGACUCAGAAUAGUGUUGAGAGUACUUCCUAUGACACAGAUUAUGAAACCAACGACAGUGUCCCAAACGGUGAUUUCACCCUGUCCACUUUCCGAAACUCCAUGCGAUACAAUGCAGAUGAUCGGAAUCAUGCUAUAAAUGGCCCAAAUCUACAAAGUGUGGCUGAGGAGGGUGAGGCAAAGUACUUAGACGCAGCUGCUGCAAAUCAAGGAUACCUGCAAGCCCCUGUGGACGCAUUCCAGCGCCUCUCUGCCAAUCCCAGUGCCGACUCAUUUGACACAUCCAGCACCUCAUCUGGGGAGUGUUAUGAAAAUCUAGGCCACAACUGUGCAGAGUUGUACUCCGAGAAUUACCAAAAUCAUGGAGAAGCGAUCCAAAGUGACCUGCAGCCUGAAAUUCCCACCAUGCACCAUACUGGGGACUUCCAAAAUGCAACAGUAUACAGAGAGAAUAUGGAACCGAGCAGUGGAGAAGAUUCCCCCAUUUACUCUCCUGUGAGUGCUGAUGUUGAGCCCUUCUCAAAUGACUCUGAUGAUGGUGGUGACACCGAUGACUAUGAUGAUGUUGCUAACUACUCACAAACGCCACUGAUGUGAACAGCACUGAUGUAGUAGCCUUUUUUUUUGUAGUUUGUUAGUUAAAUAUUCCUGAGAAUCUAAUGCCAAGCUGCCACUCUUUGGGCCCUUGAGCGAGGCCCUUAACCCUCUGUGCUCCAGGGAUGCUGUAACAUGGCUGACCCUGCACUCUAUCACUUCAUAACAUCACUGGGAUAUGCAAAGAAAGAAUCUUACUGUGCUGUAAAGUAUGUGUGACAGUAUAAUGCAUCUUUUUUUCCUUGAUUUCUUUUCUUGUACAUUUUGCAGUCAUUUUGACAUGUAAAGACGUUCAGACUAUGUAUUUUAAGGUGCUGGUCUAGAGCUAGCCAUCUGGCAAUGUUAUAUAUUUGCACAUGGAAAUCCCAGCACUUUCACUCUGAGAAGGUUUAUAUUGUAUGUACGUAAUAUGUAAUACAUAUGUACUACAUAAUUACACUCUUUGAAAAAUUGAAUCACCCUGACAAUGAAAGGAAGCUGAAAUUAGCUAAAAUUAGCAUCAAUUCAAGUGUUGGCCAGUUGAACAUUUUAUUUAAAAAAAAAUCUAUGAAUGAAUAACUAAAUUCCAAAAUGUAAUUUUUUAUAAUUUUUCGUGCUGUCAAGUUUAUCAGGUUGUAAAUAAAAUAAUUGUAUAAAACUUGCAA